GAGGCCAUGUUGAAUCGACAAGUGGGACAAGUUCACUUCCUGUGAUAUGAAAACUUCCUAAAUGUUCCAACAGAAGCGUUAAAUAUACUGAAAUGCCCGAGCAAAUUACCGUCUCGGACUUUCUAAAAGAGACAUGGGACGACUACAAUUCACCGACGACAUCGUCUUUCACCAAGAAGUUGUCGCAGUGUCGAAACACAGUAAACUCCUUGGAGGAAAAACUAGAUGUAGACAGAAGCAGUGUGUCGAAGAUGAAGAAGUCAGUCAAAGCUUUAUACAACUCCAUCAAAAAGCAUGUAGAAAGUGAAGAUACUUUAGCUGAGAAUAUCGAACAUGUUGGAGAAAGUCAGUUGGAACAAGAACCUUGUGUCGAUGAUGCAUUUAACAAAUUUUCUACAGUCACCAAAGAAUUGUCUGGUUCCAUGAAUGAAUUAGUGUCUAAGUUACACAGUAUGCUGUUAUUUCCACUUGACACAUUCCUGAAGAAUGAUUUAAAGGGUGUGAAAGGUGACCUCAGAAAACCAUUAGAUAAAACAUGGAAAGACUAUGAAACUAAAUUUUCAAAGAUAGAGAAGGAAAAGCGACAAUUGGCAAAAGAAGUUGGUAUGACAAGGGAGACAAUCACAGGAGCAGAGAUUGCUGAAGAAAUGGAAAAGGAAAGAAAAGUUUUUCAACUUCAGUUGUGUGAGUACUUGAUAAGGGUGAAUGAAAUCAAGACAAAGAAAGGUGUAGAUUUGCUGCUGCAUUUAGUAGACUACUAUCGUGCACUGACAAUGUUCUUCCAAGAAGGACUAAAAACCAUUAACCACUUCCAGUCGUUCAUAGAUAAGCUAGUAACUCAACUAGAGACAAUCAAACGCACCCAGAAUCAGGAGAGGAAUGAGCUUGUCAAACUUAGGGAUGCCCUGAAAGGCUCAAUGGCAUCUUAUAAGGAACCUGCAGCCAAUAAAGUAUCCAGUGGAUAUUCCCUUCACCAGUUACAAGGCAAUAAAAUGCAUGGUUUUGAAAAGGAGGGAAACCUUCUUAAGAAGAGCGAGGGAAGAAUGAAGAGAAUAUGGCAGAAGAGAAAAUGUAGGAUUGUUAAUGGUAUAAUGUCUAUAGGUCAUUCGGAUGAGAGUAAAGACCCGGUAAAAUUAAAUCUACUUACUUGCCAGGUUAAGUUAGUACAUGAUGAUCCUGGUAAAAAGUGUUUUGAUCUAGUCUCUCAAAACAGAACCUAUCAUUUCCAAGCUGAAGAUGAGGAUAGCAUGAAAGAGUGGAUAUCUGUUUUAAAUAACGCCAAAGAACAAGUAUUAAUGAAAGCUUUUCACGACAACACAAAUUCUCCUUGUAUAAACCAAAAUGUAAAAGAACUGACAGGGAGUAUUCUACAAAUUGUUAAAAGGUUGCCUGGAAACAACGUCUGCUGUGACUGCAAUGCAAAAGAUCCCGAGUGGCUAUCCACAAAUUUAGGUGUAUUAAUCUGUUUAGAAUGCUGUGGUAUCCACAGACAGUUAGGUGUACAUAUUUCUAGAACUCAGAGUAUUGUUAUAGAUGAAUUAGGAACCUCACAACUACUGCUGGCCAGAGUGGUAGGAAACCAAAACUUCAAUGAAAUAGUAGAAGCCAAAGUAGAUCAGACAAUGAAACUAAAACCUUCUAGUCCUAUGGAAGAAAGACUCCAUUAUAUUAAGGCUAAAUAUGAGCAACAUAAGUAUGCAAUAAUAACCAGCACGGACAAGGAAGAUCUUAAACAAGACUUAAAACAAGCAAUAAUACAGCAAGAUAUAGGAGCUUUAAUUCAGGUCUAUGCAGAGGGGGCUGAUCUAAUGACAGAACUGCCAGACGAUGAAAAUUCAGGGACAGCACUUCACUUAGCAAUAGAAAAAGAAGAUGGGUUCUCAUUGCAUAUCGUAGACUUCAUUGUACAGAAUAGUCAUUUAAAUAGUUUAGGUCAUAAAAACAAGCAAGGCAAUACUGUUUUACAUGUGUGUUCAUUGUUGAAUAAAACCGAGUGUAUGAAACUUAUCCUACGCACCCAGCCGGAGCUUGCCAACGUAGAAAACAACGAUAGUCAGACUCCACUGGACAUCGCUAAAGAGAAUAAUCAUGAGAUUUGUAUUGAUUUGUUGAAAGCAGCUUUACAAGGCAGGAAGGAUGUAUUUGGCAAUGUCAAUGUUGACUGGGAUUUAACAUAUGAAGAUGGGGAAGACCAAGGGUACAGUGACGAUGACCUUGAGAGUACUCCGGAAAGGAAUAAUAAAAACAGAUCACGGCCACCUAGUUUAGUGACUGGUGCUAGUACAUUAGAAUUACCCAGCAACCAAAAGGAAGGUUUAGAUAGAGAUCGGGCUUUGUCACAGUCACAGGCUUUAUACAUGAAACCAAAAAAGUUUACCCAUACUAGACAAAGGAGCAGUGUAAGAAGUAAUUUUACCGUGCCUAAUGCUGUAAACAUUCAAAAUAUCACAGCUUCUCAGCCAAACUUAGCCAUGAAUUCUUCAACCAAUCAUCAUGAUUCCCUACAGUCACAUGACAAGUUAUCACCCAGUGGUAAUGGCCCACCGCUGCCACCAAGAAUGAAGAAACCUCCACCACCUCCACCAAGUGACAAAAAGCAUGCAAGAAACAAAUCUGAACCUUUCCCUGCAGAGGUCAUUCACAGGAGGUCAAUCUCUGAUCCCCCUUCGCGACCGCCGCCUCCAGAAUUCAGGAAAACAAUUGCUAUGUCAUCUAGGCCCUCACCGCCUCCAGAGAUAGAUAAAACAGGAGUAGGAGUGACCCCUUCACCAAGACCAAGGGCCAAGUCCAACAGUGAUGACUCCAAAUCAUCUGGAACAGAAACACCGCCAUUACCAUUACCUCGCAAGAAGAAGUCACCAGUUGGUCAGAAGUUUCAGGCAUUAUUUGAUUGUGAUGCAGACAAUGAUGAUGAACUGACUUUUGCAGAAGGGGAGAUAAUCCUUGUAUUGAGAGAGGAGGAAGAUGAUUGGUGGGAGGGAACGAUUGAAGGUCAUCCAGAGAGAAGAGGACUUUUCCCUAAAACUUUUGUACAGCCAUUGUCCUAGCAUCUGUACACACAUAGCUGUAUAUAGAUAUACUUAGUGAUUCUUGUUGUACAACCUGACUUGAUUUGUUAAAUCUGAUUAGGACUAUUUAAGAAAUAAAUGUUGGCACUGAAAACACAGUAAUGCCUCUCUGAGUUAUGUCAUGUACAUUUUUUGCUUAUUUGGAUAGUUUAGAAGUUAUUUUCAAAAAUGGCAAAUGUAUCAAAGUUUAACAUAGAGCAUAUGAAAUUUAAUAUGGUGUCAGAAGCUAAUCUUAUUGUUCACAAUUUUGAAGCUGUCAAAUGCAUGGUAAUUUUAUGUGAAAAAUAAAAUUAAAAAUAUACCCUUUAAAUUAGACAAGACCUGAUAACUUGCAAGUUAUUUUUGUGUGUCACGUUUGUGAAAUAAGGUCAACUUCAUGAGAGAAUUACUUUAGGAAGGUGAUACGACAAGAAUUGCAUUUACACAUGAAAAGUUUUGAGAUUUAACCAUAUAUGAAAACCUCUUUGUUUUAUGUAUAACUUACAGUUCAAUAAUGAAUUGAAGAGAAAGUAUUUCUACACUAUAGAUAGUCUCAUGGACUGAUUUUUUUGCAUAAUAUUUAUUCUUUAUAAUAUUUGCUUUUCACAAAUGGCUUAAAUCUGUUAAUUUGUAAAAAAAUAA